AUGACUCGGGAAACACAGGUCAGCAAUGCUCGCAUUGUGUCCAGCGUUGCCGCCACCAUCAUAUCUCUGGCUUGUGGCACCAAUUACGCAUACUCGGCAUGGGCGCCCCAAUUUGCCGACAGGCUGCAGCUGUCGGCCACCGAGAGCGAAUACAUCGGGCUCGCUGGUAACCUUGGAAUGUACUUGAUGGGUUACUUCAUUGGCAAGUUUGUCGACAGUCAUGGACCACGGCCUGCUGUCAUCGUUGGAGCCGUCCUGCUUGGGGUCGGCUAUUUCCCCUUACAUCAAGCCUACGAUGCCGGCCAUGGUUCAGUUCCUUGGAUGUGCUUCGUCUCGUUCCUAUCAGGCCUCGGAGGCUGCAUGGCUUUCGCGGCCGCUAUCAAGACUUCGGCCCUGAACUGGCCACACCAUCGGGGUACAGCCACCGCUUUUCCCCUUGCGGCCUUUGGCUUGAGCGCCUUCUUCUAUUCUCUGAUAGGCUCCAUCUUCUUCCCUGGAAGUCCAAGCAGCUUUCUCAUGCUAUUAUCAUGUGGAACCUCUGGCAUGACACUCGUUGGUUUCUUCUUUUUGCGUGUGCUCCCUCCGUCAUCGCCCUACCAAGCGGUGCCUGCUGCCGACCCAGCUAUAACCGACUCCCAAGAGUUGCACCGGACGACGUCGCAGGAAUCCAAAGCUUCCCGCGCGGGGCGUGGAAACCCAUCUGAACCUGGUAAGCCGCCCAGUAGCACCACCACCAGCACCCGAAUGACCCUUGAUGCCUCAGACCAAGGAGAUGAGAGAACCGAGAUCGGAGAUUCCUCUCACUUCAACGGAUCUAGCCGAGCGGUUGACGUCGAGCUCGCUGCAGACUCGGCGCCUUCAGGCGUCCCGGAUGAAGCAGACGAGAGGUCUUCACUACUAUCCCAAUCCACCACGUCCUCUUCGUUGCCAGGUGAAAUAUUAGUACAGAGCAGUGUUGAUAUGGAUCGCUCUCAUCGUGUAGACAUCCGCGGGUUUAUGAACCUUGUGAAAACCCUGGAAUUUUGGCAGCAAUUCGUCAUCAUGGCUAUAUUGUCAGGUAUCGGGAUUAUGACCAUCAACAAUAUUGGAAACAACGCCAAAGCGCUCUGGAAGCACUACGACGACUCCAUCGACGACAAGACUAUCAUUCUUCACCAGCAACUCCAUGUCUCAAUCCUAUCAAUUGGCAGUUUUGUUGGACGGCUCCUCAGUGGUGUAGGCUCCGACUUACUCGUCAAGGUCUUGCAUGCCAGCCGCAUAUGGUGUCUGGUUGUUGCCUCGGUCGUCUUUUCAUUGGCCCAGAUAUGCGCCCUGACUAUCCUGAGCCCGCAUCUUUUGGGCUUCGUAUCCGGCUUGAGCGGUCUUGGAUACGGCUUCCUUUUUGGCGUGUUCCCGUCCAUCGUGGCCGAAUCCUUCGGCAUUCACGGUCUGAGUCAGAACUGGGGACUUAUGACUUUGUCUCCAGUAUUCUCCAGCAACAUCUUCAACCUGUACUACGGCAAAGUCCUUGACGCCCAUUCAGUCAUCGAGCCCGACGGCGGGAGGACUUGUACAGAGGGCAUCAAGUGCUACCGGGACGCGUACCUGGUGACUCUGGGCGCGUGUGGCCUCGGUCUUGGCGUUACACUGUGGGUUAUUUGGCACCAGUGGCGGGUCAGGCAGAGCAGCACGGGCAAAGGCCAUGCUGGGGAGUGA